CUGUAUAUAGCUGAUAGCACUGUGUGUGCGGUGUGUUGUGUUGUGUGUGUUUGUGUUUCAACUUAAAGGCAAACAAAUAGCACUGGGAGCUCGUGCCGCUGUGUGUGCGACUGUGUGUGUGUGUGUUGUCGACUUGCUGUCUGGGCCACUUACGUUGCACAAUACCCGGAGCAUAGCUAAGCGCGUGCUGCUGCAGCUAGAACGCGGAUUUAAGAGUGCAACUCGAUACUCGACACGCUGAGCGGCUGACGGCUGAAGCUGUUACUGUUUUAUUUCUUUUGGAGCAACUACGUCUACAACAUGCAUUCGCCGGCGGGCAAGGUCUCCGGCUAUGUGGUCCUCAUGAUUGUGCAAAUCAUUUUCCUGUUGCUUUUCUGGCUGUUCGUGCGUUACGAAAAGUCAGCGCUGCCCGCAGCACUAGACGCUGAAGAUGCUGGAUCAGCAAACGAACACGUUUCCAAAUAUCCGCAAUUCCAGGACAUACAGGUGAUGAUCUUCGUUGGCUUUGCCUUUCUGAUGACUUUCUUGCGUAAAUACGGCUACAGCGCUACGGGCUUUACGCUCUUCAUGGCCGCUCUGGUGGUGCAGUGGGCGGUGCUGAUGAAGGGCUUUCUGCACAUGGAGGAUGGCAAGAUUAGUCUUUCGCUGGAGAGCAUCAUUGAUGCGGACAUUGCCGCCGCUGUGCCGCUCAUCAGCAUGGGCGCUCUACUGGGCCGCACCACGCCCAUUCAGCUGCUGUGCAUGUCGCUGUUUGAGAUUGCGCUCUUUGCCGCCAACGAGUACUUGGCCCUCAAUGUGUUCAGCAUUUGCGACUGCGGCGGUUCGAUUACGGUGCACGCCUUUGGCGCUUACUUUGGCCUGGCUGUCGCCUUGAUGCUGCGUCCUGCUAGCGAUCAGAACGAGGCUGGCAAGCUGGAGGGCGCCAACUAUACGUCCGAUAUAUUCGCCAUGAUCGGCACCACCUUUCUCUGGGUCUACUGGCCCAGCUUUAACUCGGUGCUGGCCGAGGGAGCUGGCAGCGAGCGCGCCAUUUUGAACACGUUUCUAUCAUUAGCCGCGGCAACAGUUACCACCUUUGUUGUAUCCGCGCUUGUCAGCCAUGAGAAUAAAUUGGACAUGGUGCACGUGCAGAAUUCAACGCUGGCUGGCGGCGUAGCCGUUGGCACCGUUUGCAACUUGCUGCUGGGCGCACACGGCGCUGUUCUAAUUGGCAUUAUCGCUGGCACGGUCUCGGUGCUUGGCUAUCGCUAUUUAACCCCCUGGCUGACCAGCACGCUGCGUCUGCACGACACCUGUGGCGUACAUAAUCUGCACGGCAUGCCAGCGCUCAUCUCGGCGCUCGCCUCGGCCAUCUACGCCUCGCUGGUGCGCAUAGAGGACUAUCAAUCUGAGCUGCAGGACAUUUUCCCCGCCAUGGUGGGCAACAAUGGCACGGCAAGCAAAAUUAUGGGCGGUCUGGGACGCACGGCCAGCUCACAGGCGGGCUAUCAAUUGUUUGGCAUUGGCGUCACUGUGUGUGUGGCCAUUGCUGGUGGCAUUUUGACAGGCAUCGUGCUGAAGUACACCAAUUUCCGCAAGCUGCAGAAGGACGAGCAGCAUCAGGACGAGCAGUAUUGGGAGGUGCCCGCGCUGGAGCCCAAGGAAGAAUAGUGAGUGGACAGACACUCUCCCUCUCUAUCUCUCUCUAUUCUAAAUGUCGAAUCUGCAUUGCGUAUAUGCUUUUCAUUAUAUACUAUUAUUAUUA